AUGUCUGACAGUGGUUGGAACACUAUAGAUUCUGAUGCAGGCGUGUUCACUGAACUUGUUGAAAAACUAGGUGUAGCAAAUGUUGAAAUCAAUGAUUUAUACUCGAUUGAUUCUGACACGUUACGAGCAUUGCAACCAAUCUACGGUGUCAUCUUUUUGUUCAAGUAUGGUAGAAAGGACAGAGAGCAUGCAACUUUAAACAAACCAAUAACUGGGGAAUACGAUUCCAAUUAUCAAGAUCGUGGCGUCUUUUUUGCCAACCAAGUGAUUCAAAACGCGUGCGCCACACAAGCAGUGCUCAACGUGUUGUUUAACGUUGAUAAUGUCAACUUGGGAGAUGAACUUGGCAAUUUCAAGCUGUUUGUCGCUGGGUUUGAUUCGGAGAUGAUUGGGGAGACUUUAUCCAAUAGUGAGCUCAUUCGAGCCAUACAUAAUUCAUUCCUGACACCAUCGUUGAUUGCCCAGGAUGACAAACCCCCUCCACAGGAUUAUGACGACAAGGACGAUGGAUUGUUUCAUUUUGUUGGAUACGUGUUGAAAAAUGGUCAAGUAUACGAGUUGGAUGGAUUGAAGCAAUACCCUAUAAUUCAUGGCGAAUGUAAGGGUCAAGAGGAGUUUGUUGAGAAAUUACCAUCAAUUAUACAAGAACGAAUCAAUGCAUACGACGCGAGUGAACUAAGGUUUUCCUUAUUAGCAAUAACAAACAACAAGUUAGAGCAAGCACGAGCUGCAGGUGAUGAGCUUGAGAUUGCAACUCAGCUAGAUAAAAGAGAGCUAUGGCAACGAGAGAAUGAAUUGAGAAAACAUGACUAUACCGGGUUGAUUGUGCAAUUAUUGAAGAACAUCAGUAAAGAAAAGUCGGAUGAUGAAUGGGAAGCGUUGCUACAAAAGGGCAGGAAUAAAACGCAAGAGUUGAUUGCUGCAUCAAUAAAGAGAAACUAG